CUUUCCGCUUCAUUUCGAGUUCAUAAAUUUAAAAAGAAAGAGAGAAAGAAAGAAAAAAAAAAAGGUAAGGUUCCGGGAGCACAGUGGGUCCAGGGUUCCACGGAGAACUGCGCAAAGCAAGUUGCCAAGAAAGCCCGCCGGCCAAGUUCGGGACCUGUCCACGCUCGCGCGCUCCGCUCAGCAGGCAGAUUCCAAAGGCUUGGGGCACUCUGGGGUGCGCGCCGAUCUUUUCGCAAAAGGCGAGUGUGUGGGGUUCCUCCUUCCCACCUUUCCAUCUGGGGGUCUCGAGGAAAGUUGCACCCAGUGCCUUGGGCGCCCAUGAAGACCAGUCCAUCUCAGCUCAAGCUCCCAGCAGCAGCAACUUCGGACUCAGACCUCUCUCUCUAGAACAUGAGUGCUCAUGUGUGCGUGCGUGUGUCUCUGUGUGUGUGUGUGUCCGCGUGCACUUGACAUUUGGGGGUGCAUAUGCUCUCAAGAACGACUCUCCCGGCUGCCCAGAACUUAGAGAGUUUCCCUUUAAGCCGGAGAUGCUGCUCGGACACCCCCCCGCGUCCAACAGGAGGCGAUGACGUCUGUAGCCUCGUUGCCAGAACAGUCCCCAGGCUGCCGCUGCCGUUCAUUGACAGGAGCGGGCGCUCGGACGUCAGCAGCCGGACCUUUGGCAAGGCUGCUCCCGCGGAGACGGUUCCCACCCCCGCACCUGCCAGCCCGCCCCCCGGGGGGAUGGUCACGAAAUCAAAGCCUCCAGAGGAGGGGGGGGCCGGGGAGGUGCUGGGACUGGGGGAGGGGGGUGACUCGAAUCUGCCCUCUUUGUCCUGGAGCACCGGAGUAUAUAAAUAGUGCAGUCUCCAGCCAGACUCUCUCCCACUAUUGCACGCCCCCGCAGUACCCCCCAUCCGACCCCCGCCCCUUGUCACUACGCGUCGGGUUCGCUCUGCCAGGAGGGAGGCUGGGGUGCGGGGAAGCAGGGAGCGCAAACAGACAUUGGUUCUCUUUCCUCUUCCCAUUCAUAGAUUUCGGUUGGAGUCCUAGGGCCGCCGCGCCUGGAGUCGCAAUGAAUGGAUGGAUGCCCGCGCGCUGGGACCACCAGGUACAACCAAUAAGCAGCCUUUGGGUAGCCGAGAAGACAAGACAAGUAUCCUGCUCCUCAACUCAGUUCCCUAACUCUCAGUCUAAGGGCCUAGGAUCCCUUUCUGUCAUUGUUGAGUUAGAGAAAGCACACUUCCUGAGCAUUGCCCAUGUGCUGGGCACGGAGUACAGGCUGCAAGCAAACAGCACAGCCAGUGUCCGCCAGAAGUACAUCUUGUCAGUCAUUCUGUUCGGAGACCGUGAGAAAACCAUUGGUCUGGAACCCCAGAUGUUCUGUGCAGUCCUUGGCUUGUUUUGCCUGGAUACCAGAAGCAGCAUUUGUGCGUGGGCCCAGCAGCGGUAUCUGUCCCCGCACCGUCUUCAGGGCUGGCCCCGGGCCCAGGUCCUCCUACUGCCGGGGAGUAGUGGCCGCAGCUCCAGGCUGAGGUCCGGCUCUGUCCACGGGGAACCACGCCCCGUGAACAAUGGAUACUUGCUGGACAAGGGGCUGCGGGCCCUAUCUGCAGGCAGCUUGGGCCUGUAG